AUGGGAUUAGAUGACCAGACAUCAGCUGAUCCUUCAGAUCGUAGAUUUCUCAGUAGCACAAAUAAUAGUGAUGUAACAAUGACGAAUUUACGCGUGUCAUUUACAUCUGAAUCUCCAGGAAAAGUUAUGAUUUCUUCACCUUCCGAAACUACAUUAGUUAUACUUCGAAAACGAGAUUAUAUUCCGUUAGCAGAUAGGCAUCGUUUAUCACCUUUAUCUCGAAUAAUUUAUGGAAUAAGUGGUUUUAUAGUGUUAUCUUACCUUGCAGAUUGUGCUAUUAUCAUUUUUAGAGCAUUAGAAUCUAAAGUCUGGACUUCAAGUUAUAUUGUCUUUUAUGAUGUUGGAUCAUGGACAGCUUGGGUUUUAAAUUUAUUGUUGAUGCUUUAUGAAGUAAAAAAAUUAGGAAAAUGGUCAUCAGUCAACUAUUCCUUUUAUAUUUUGUCUCUUUUUACCGAAUCAUUGAUUUUUUAUUAUUGGAUCAUUCAAUUUAAAUCUAAAAAACCCGGAAUUGAAGUGUCAUAUUAUGAUCAAGCUCUUUUAUAUAUAAUUUCAGCUCGUUAUAUUGCUCUCGUAAUUGCAUGUUUCACUUCAUUGAUUCAAAUUCUUCGUUCUUCUUCUGACCGAGAAGAUCUUGAAUCAACCCGAGGACUUCUUGGUGAUAAUACAUCCUAUGGCACCUUUUCAUCUAAUGAAAAUGAUAACCAAACAGAUCAACCACAAAGGGAGCCUGAAAAGGGCGCUUUUACAGGAUUUUUUGAAAAAAUGAAAAAACUUUUACCUUUUUUAUGGCCUAAAAAAAAUAUUUGGCUACAAUGCUUAGUUUUCAUAUGUUUUGGCUUAUUAAUUGCUGCACGGAUUGUAAAUGUGUUGGUUCCACAACAAUUAAAGAUAAUUACAAAUGAAUUGGUUG